GUUCUAUAUGAACCAACCCGAAAUCAUAUGUUCGUUGAAGGCUGGUUGGUUUUUUCACAAAAGUUUGUAUACAAUGCGCUCAACAAAAUCUCACACAAGCGGGAGAAAAAGUGAAAGUAAUUUUUGGAGCAAAACAGAUUGCUCGGAAAGCAGGGCCUCGGAUUCAUUACCAUGCUGUGCUGGGUAACUACUGCCGCCCCGGAUGUUGGCCGUCCGGUUCGGCGCUGCACAACAAUGGUGACGGAAAAAUAGUCCGAUAUUAUCGUGCUGGCUGUUCUGCUUUUGAAUCAUCGCGUCGGUGCGGUUUGAACGGUGGUGGUAAAUAGAAUUUGAAUGAAAAAAAGCCAGAACAUAAUAACAGAGCAACAUUACAUACGGAGAUGUACGACCAUAACGUAAUAAGGAGAGUGAGAGAGUGUGGCGGUAAAAAGAGUGAAUUCAUGAUAUCGAUUCUUCCGGACGCAAGCGUAGUAGGACAAAAGUUCGGACGACCGGUGGGCCAGUUGUAAAGCAUCAAGAAGAAAUGUUUAGCACUAAGAUGGUUGUUUCUCCGAUAGCAAUGAUGGACUGAAGUUGUGGAAAAUUCUGAACGUAAAGGGCUGAAAGUUAAACUGGCAAAAAAACGAUUCGCAAUGUCGAAAUAGUGCCGUUCCUAGUGCUACGGACAGUCGGUUUUCUUCCGAAGGCAACGAAUUGAGGCUGGUUUUUGGAGUGUAAAAUGUGCGUGUAUCAUUGAAGCGAACAGGAGUGGAACCCACCAACGUUUUGUACCGUUCGUGGAUAGGCUGGGCACUAUCCGUUCAUCUUCGUUGGAAUCACGAAAUUUGCUUGCCAAACGAUUAAGCAUCAGUGCCGCCGCAUUGUGUGCUCGUGAAGGCAAGAAAAGGGACCUAGUUAUUACUACUGCACCCUCCGCUGGUCUUUCCACCGAAUUCGCAAAAAAAAACAACCAACCUGCGGCUGCUGCUGUUUAUUUCUUUUCUUUCUCGCUUCCCCACUCUUCAUCUUUCUUCUCUCGCUGCGCUUACUCACGCUCGCGUUUCGCUUUCGUAUGUAGUGCGCGCGUUGUUGUUGUGUAGUGCAUCCAUUCCGCAUCUAUGCACAGAGGACGACGUGCCAAGAGAGAUGCGAAUCAUUGUGCAUAGAUUUACACACAGUAUUGCCCGUGUAAUGAGGAGAUGGCAAAAUGGGAAGAAACAGUGAUCAUUGAAACAGUCGUGUACUCCUCAAAGGAAUAUCAAAUAUCGCCGUUAUCUCCCAACUCUGGCUAAGCCAGUAAUGAGAAAAUGAAACGAAUAAGUAUUAUCACCGAAAGAUGCCACUGAGAUUGGCGUUUUGUGAUUCACCCCAAAUAGAAAAACGACAACUUUAGCCGCUGGAUCGAAAAAUCGUUGGAUGAAAUCCUUGUGCCAAUCGAUGAAUUCGAUUGCCCAGCAUUCGUAGCAGCUGAACUAUACCACGCGACCGCUAUGAGACGUAAUGUGAAAGUGUUUGGUAUUAUAUCCAUCACCUGGAUAGUGGUGGUCAUUUACUACUUCCAGGGUGACUACUACCGUAAUGAUGGGAAUCGUGCACUAAGGUUGCGUAGCAGCAAAGUGAAGCACUCCGUCUCAGACCACUACAAUGGAGCAGGAGGUGCAGCACGUGAAGCCCUGACGCAUCACGACAAUGAACACCAGAGUCUGUUGAAACAUGCGGAAGGAAGUAAUGCCGUUUUCGUCGGCACCAGUAGCAGUAGCACUAGUAGCAGUAACGGUCAUAGCCUCCAGAGUAGCAAUAGCAAUAGCAAUAGUAUUUUUAGUUACAAUUCGCCACCCAUAACAUGGGAUUAUUUUGAUGAAGCCAGCUACAUUCAGAAGGGUGGCCUACAGCGAGGAGAGGAUCCGUACCUAAGGAAUCGAUUCAAUCAACAGGCGAGCGAUGGUUUGAAGAGCAACCGAGAUCUACCGGACACUCGCAAUGCGAUGUGUCGUCGAACGAGCUGGUCGGAUCUCACAACAAUCGCACAUCUACCGGCGACCAGUGUGAUCAUCACGUUUCACAACGAGGCCCGCAGCACAUUACUUCGAACGGUGGUGAGCGUGCUGAACCGUUCUCCCGAGCGAUUGAUUCACGAGAUCAUACUGGUGGACGACUAUUCCGAUUUUCCCGAGGAUGGGCAAGAGUUGGCCAAAAUCCAGAAAGUACGCUUGAUAAGAAAUAACAAGCGGGAGGGUUUGGUGCGAUCACGUGUAACAGGUGCAGCUGCCGCAACAGCGAAGGUGCUCACAUUCCUUGACAGUCACUGCGAGUGUAACGUAAACUGGCUCGAACCAUUACUCGCUCGGGUGGCCGAGGAUCCAACGCGCGUCGUUUGUCCGGUAAUCGACGUGAUCAGCAUGGAUACGUUCCAGUAUAUAGGUGCAUCAGCCGAUUUGCGUGGAGGGUUCGAUUGGAACCUAGUGUUCAAGUGGGAAUAUCUGAGUAAUGCCGAACGGAAGUCAAGACAACGCGAUCCCACGGCACCAAUUCGAACGCCUAUGAUCGCGGGUGGAUUAUUUGUAAUUGAUAAGGCGUACUUCGAGCGGCUUGGCACCUACGAUACGCAGAUGGACAUCUGGGGCGGAGAAAAUCUGGAAAUUAGCUUCCGUGUGUGGCAGUGUGGCGGAUCGCUAGAGAUCAUUCCCUGUAGCCGGGUAGGGCACGUAUUCCGCAAGCGCCAUCCUUACACGUUCCCCGGUGGAGGGAGUGGAAACAUUUUCGCCAAAAAUACCCGACGCGCAGCAGAAGUGUGGAUGGAUGAGUAUAAGAAGUACUACUACGCUGCCGUACCACUCGCUACUAACAUUCCGUUCGGUGAUAUUGACGAUCGAUUACAGCUGAGGCGGGAUCUGCAGUGUAAGCCGUUCCGAUGGUAUCUGGAGCAUGUCUACCCUCAGCUAGGCAUACCGGAACGGCGUAACAAUGGUAGCAUACGGCAGGGUGUAUACUGUCUAGAUAGUCUCGGCAACGUGGCUGGUGCGGUCGUCGGAUUGUACACAUGCCACGGGAAUGGUGGUAAUCAGAACUGGAUACUCAAUAGAAAAGGAGAGCUAAAGCAUCAUGAUCUCUGCCUGACGCUGGUUAAAUUCACUAUUAGCGCACGUUAUAACAGCGUCCUGAUGAAGUAUUGUGACGAAUCGGAAAACCAGCAGUGGCAUUUGAAGGACGGCGGACUAAUACAGCACCGUAAGAUCAACGUUUGUCUCGAUUCACGACACAUGAAGGAACGAGGCAUUACGGCCGAACGAUGUAAUUCUGCGCUUGAAUCGCAACACUGGAAGGUUGUGACGGAGGCGCAGUAAAUUGAUCGUAGCGGAGAGGAAUUCACUAAUAUUGCCCGACUUUGUUCCGCGGUCGCGGACAGUCAGUGAAGAUGUGUUCCGUGUUCUUUGUUGUUAUAUACAUACAUUCUAUUCAGCAACUCCUGAUAUGCAGAUAUUAGAUAGUACGAAAGCGUAGCAUUGUGACACUAUAGAGUUUAAGAAGUGCAAAGAAAAGGGCGGGAAUCGAUUCAAAUUUUGCAUCAACGUAGAUUCACGCAACUGAGCAAAGACACACCCUCCCUUUAAUACCCACACGUACACCAAGGCAAAUGUAACUUAAGAAAACCGACUUUGAAUUCUCGCUGUAAUGACGAAAAUGCAACCUUUUUAUUGUAUUUCAAUUUUUUUUGUUAUAAAACAAAGAUAAAAGCUAAGAAACGAUCAGUAAAACAUUCAGGAAUAGUUUUGUCCUGUAUGAACACGUUAACAAA